AUGGCGGAGCAGAGCAUCAACGUACCCCAAGUCAUCGUUUUCAUCGUCGUCACGUUCCUCGCUGUACGAUGGUACUUAAGGAAACCCACGGCGGCGGCCCCAGGCACGCGAGCUGCGGCGAACCGCGCUGCAGUCCGCGUAAGUCCUGCGCAAAUAGACCAGGUCGCUGAGAUGCUGCCGCAGUUGAGCAGACGAGAUAUUGCAUGGGAUCUGCAAAGGAACGGUGGUAAUGUCGCGGCGACAACAGAGAGGGCGCUGAGCGGGAGGGGUUUAGACACAGCACCGCCGUCCUUCCAAAUACCUACACCUACACCACGAACUGCACCUACACAGGCGCGAGCAGCCCCAGCCCCAUCGAGACCUGCGCAUCCAGAUCUGAUAACACGAUACAAUCUAUCCUCGAAGCUUAGUCAGGCCGACCAACCCGUACAGGAGGAGCAACCGAAGACAAAGUCGUGGAGUGCAGAUAAGAGUGAAAGGCAAGCAAACUUGCAAAGACGGCGAGAAGAGAUGAUCCUGGCGGCACGGAGAAAGCUCCAAGAACAGGAAAAGGCAAAGGCUUCGGGCUCUGCAUAG